CUAGAUCGCGGUGUUUUGUUAAUGUUGCUGGAUAAAGUAGAAUGUUGUGUUAUCGACUGUUGAAACCAUUUUCGUAACGUUUUGCCGCUUAUGUCGGCAUAGGAAGUUACUAUAUUAUUUUCAAAAAGUUUGUAUUAAUAUACAGUGCGAAAAUAAAAAGUUUAAAAGCGAAUAGAGUUUGAAGUGAGGUUUUUGUGUGAAAUGUUUGGAACUAAUCUGAGAAACUUUUAAAAUUUUCAUUCUGGCUGUCCAGUUCGUUUGUGGUUGUACAUAGGAAAGCAAUGUGAUCACGUAAUGGCGGGUAAGGCGUUACAGUGGAAAAUUGUGGAUAAUCCCGCUGGCCCCCAGCCACGGCCGAGACAUGGGCACCGCGCUGUUGCAAUUAAAGACUUAAUGGUGGUUUUCGGUGGCGGAAACGAAGGAAUCGUCGAUGAACUUCAUGUUUACAAUACAGCUACAAAUCAAUGGUUUGUACCUGUCACAAAGGGGGAUGUGCCCCCUGGCUGUGCCGCAUAUGGUUUUGUAGUGGAGGGAACUAGACUUUUAGUUUUUGGUGGUAUGGUGGAAUAUGGCAAAUACAGUAACGAACUGUAUGAGCUGCAGGCGUCGAAAUGGGAAUGGAAAAAAUUGAAGCCGCGGCCUCCGAAGGCAGGUCCGGCCCCUUGUCCAAGGCUCGGACAUAGUUUUACUCUUGUUAACACUAAAGUGUACCUGUUUGGUGGUCUAGCAAACGAUAGCACCGAUCCGAAAAACAAUGUACCGAGAUACUUAAACGACCUAUACACGUUGGAUAUACGUAGCGUGCCCAUCCAAUGGGACAUGACCUUGACGAACGGCCCGUCUCCCCCGCCCAGGGAAUCGCACACAGGCGUCGCCUAUGUGGACAAGAAGAAGGGAAAAAGUUUCCUCGUCAUAUACGGCGGCAUGAGCGGGUGCAGAUUGGGGGAUCUCUGGUUCUUGGAGACCGAAACGCUUUCGUGGAGCAAGCCUCAGAUAUCCGGUAUGACCCCGUUGCCCAGAUCUCUCCACACCUCCACUCUCAUUGGGCACAGAAUGUUUGUGUUCGGAGGCUGGGUGCCAGUCGACGAAGUCAAAACCAUAUCGAACGAAAAAGAGUGGAAGUGCACCAGCACAAUGGCGUGUCUUAAUCUUGAAACGCUCAACUGGGACGAGCUCGAUAUAAACGCCACCGAAGGUAAUGUGCCUUGCGCCAGAGCUGGACACUGCGCUGUCGGAAUCAGUACUAGAUUAUACAUUUGGUCUGGCAGAGAUGGCUACAGGAAGGCAUGGAAGAAAAACCAAGUUUGUUGCAAGGAUUUGUGGUAUCUAGAAAUCGAUAAACCACCCGCGCCAAGCCGGGUUUCGCUCGUCAAAGCAGCAACUUCAUCCCUUGAAGUAAACUGGACCGGAUCUCCAUCUGUCAGAUGUUACAUUUUACAAAUCCAGAAAUACGAUUUGCCUCCUCCAGCAGCCAACACCCCCAAACCAACCCCCUUGCAACAAUCGACGGCUCUCCCCGAAGAAGAUAAAGAAUUAAGAGGUAGGCCAAUAAACUCAAUGCCAGCCAAAGCUCCACAAGUUUUGGGAUCUCCACCAUCAGUAGCGGCUCAAAAUAAAACUGUUAUAACACCAAACCAACUCGCACCGAAAGUCGUCACCCCAAUUAUUAAAGCUGGAAAUAGAGCAAAGGUCGUUACGACCGCACCUCCGGUGUUGUUAACAUCAUCUCCGAUUAUAGCAGAUGGCUCUCCCAAAACCACACAGGCAGCUGGCAUGUCUGGAAUACAGGCUCUAGCUGCAGCUGCGGCAGCCACGCAAAAAAUAAACGUUGUCCCACAAGCUACCCAAAUCAAGCUUGCGCCUCAAGUCCGGGUGCAAGGCACAACAGGUACAAUAAUACGUCAAGCAACCCCCACUCAAGUGGCCGGUAAGCAGUUGUUGGUCCAAAAGGGCGGUAACAUAAUACAAAAAAGCGGCGUGCAACAGCAGGUGGUGACUUUGGUGAAAACGAGCACCGGCGUGACGUUAGCCACGCUGCCGAAAGCGGGCGGCAACCUCGUGCAAGGCAAAACCUCGGGCACGGUGUUGCCGCAGCAGACGAAGAACACCAUCGUCAAAAUCGUGCCGGGCAAUACGCAGGGCAACAAAAUGUUGACCACGCUCAAAACGAUCCCGUCGAACAUGAUACAGAUGAACAAAACGACCGGCAAGAUCGUUUUGUCGAAAGGACCUUCGGGUCAGAUGCCCACGCUCGGUAACCAGCAGGUGCUGGUGGUCAGUUCCAACGCCGGCCUGAAGAACAUGCAGACGGUGACGAACGCGCAAGCGAUCGGCAUGCAGAACGUCAAAACUACCAUGGUCAACAUGCAACCGGUCGCCACUGCUUCUUCCAUUGCCGGCCUGCAAGGCGUGAAGCUGGGAGGCAAGCCGAUCACCAUAUCCAUGCCCAUGACCGUGGUGGGAUCGCCGAAAACCAUUACACUGUCCAAAAAUACGAAACAAGUGAUGAUUGGAGGCAAGCAAGUAACAGUACAAAUGGCCAGUGGUGCCAACAAAACCCUAACGUUAGUGCAGCCCAACCAAGGGGUUGGUAAAAUUGUGCGGUUGCCGAUGACAUCCACCGUCACGACAGCUAACAACGCGGAACAACCGAAACUGAUGGUCGUAUCGAGACCGAAACAACCUACAGCGUCUAUAGCUUCAGUGAGCUUCGACGGUCCGGCGACGACUGACGCGGCGCUUGCAGCUUUGGCGGCCGAAGCCGGCUUGAUUGACCCCGAGCCGGAAAAGGACCAAUCGAAAAAAUCAUCGGAAAGCGAGAGUUUGGAUAAAACGACUAGCGCGUCCGAGGAGGAAGCGUCCGAAACUUCUGUAUCAGAAGCUUCGGUGCCCGUUGUCGAAACCGUUGCCGGCCUCUUCGGCGGCACUCCGUUCGCGCAUGUAGGACUAAAGGGAGGCGGAAAGUUCAAGAAACCCGGUUUGUAUGGCGGUUCGCCCGUCUUCUCGUAUAGGGGCGGUCUAUUCGGAGGCAGUAAGGAUUCCAUCGACGCAAACAGUAAUAAACCUACGACGGCCGAGGCCGACUCGACGCAGACCGCAAUGAACGGCGCCGUUAAACACGAACUGGAAAAUAAUGUUGACGAACAGGAACAGAUGGAUGUCGACGAGAGCAACGAUAAAUCCGAGCCGAAGCCGGAAGCGGCGGCGGAAGAGGAGGAGCAAUCGAAAGACGACGGCAGCGAACCGAUGGAGAAAUGCGAACCGGAAAGUUUGGAAAGCAACGCGAUCGAGGCCGAGGAGAAGAAGGACGAGCAGCCGGCGGCGCAGGCGCAACCGAUCGCGCCGCCCGUCGACGAAAUCAAAAAGGAGGAGGGCGAAGACCCGCUGGCGGCGCUGGCCUCGGCCGCCCUCGAUCACUCGAAAGACUCGAAGAAGACUGAAAUCAGCAACGGACCGUCGGAUCAGCCGGCUAAGGAGACGUGGUACACCGUUGGCUUCAUCAAGGGUACCAGUUGCGACGUGCAGAGCUACUUUUUGCUCGACGACGAGACCACCGCCGACCUCACCACCGACUCUCUGCCGGAGCUGGCCAACUACACCAGGAUCAAUCUGAGCCCGGGCACGGCGUACAAGUUCAGAGUCGCCGCUAUCAACACCGUGGGCAGAGGAGACUGGAGCGAGGUUUCAGCAUUUAAAACUUGUUUACCUGGAUUCCCCGGGGCCCCGUCGGCCAUUAAGAUCGCAAAAUCCAUUGAAGGGGCGCAUCUCUCGUGGGAACCCCCUAGCUUAAAUCAAGGCGAAAUUCUGGAAUAUUCAGUUUAUUUAGCCGUCCGCGGAAAGCAGCAAGAAAAACCCAACAAUCCUCCUGGACAACUUGCGUUCGUGCGCGUCUAUUGCGGACCAAGUAAUCAAUGUGUCGUGUCCAAUCAAUCACUGUCAGCAGCACAUUUGGAUACGUCGACAAAGGCGGCCAUCAUUUUCCGCAUCGCCGCCAAAAAUGACAAAGGAUAUGGACCUGCCACACAAGUCAGGUGGUUGCAAGAUCCCCAAUCGACGAAUAAAGUGACAAAACGUUUGCCAGAAGGUCAGCCAGCAACUGUGAAGAAAAUGAAGUUUGACAAAGAAGAUAUGUAAAAAAUAUAAUGAGUGUUUAAUAAGGUUUAGCAAAUAAUACAAAGAAUGUUUACUGAGGUUUAAAUAAUUAUUAAAUAAGAUGUGGGAAUGUAAGAGCGCGCGGCAUUUGCUCGUGACUUUUUCCGUUUAACAAAGCGACGCAAGAGAGAACAUUCUAAAGUGUGUUUAUAAUUUGUAUAGUGUUAGUGGACUGAUAAACACUAUUUUAUUUUUAUAACUAGUAUUUGAAAAUUCUAUUUUAUGUUGGUUUGUGUGAAUAUCAAAAACGAUAUCUUUUAUUUAGAGAAAAACAAAAAAUUAACUUUGUAUGAGAGACGUGUGGUUGUUGAGUGUACAAUUCUCCUCUAUUUUUUUAGUAAGAUCGCCUUCAAUCAAAUUUAGGUGUAUUAUCCACAUUUGGAGGUUUGUAUUAUUUGUAGAAUAUAUUUUCAUGUUUGUUAAGGUGCUUUGGACAAUGUUUAAAUUAUACAUAAAGCAACAACAAAUAUGCGGAUACAUUUUUAUGAACUACUGUCUUACAUGGUUUUUGAAGGCCGUUAUUUUGCCUUGCUCUUUUUGCAAACUCAAACUGUUUUCAUUUUCAUGUUUACUGAAUCUCCUUUCAUUAACAUUUUUACCAAUUUUUUUUAUUUACUUUAAUUUUAAUACAGAAUAACGCCAGAAAACAGUUUAGUUGCAAACUGGCAAAAGUGAAUUGUUCUAAAUAUACCAUCUCUGUUUAAUAUUUCAUAUAUUAAUAUACUCAAGUUUUAGCAAACUAUUUAAUAUUUAAAUUCUUUGUUGAAAUAUUUUAUUAUUCAUUAACAUAUUAAACAUUGAUGCAUACUUUUUUUGUAAACGUUCUUACAUUUUGUGGUAUUUGAUCCCACUUGCUUUGUCUGUAUUUUUUGUUUUCAGGCACUCUUUUGUACUUUGACAUUAAUAUGUUAUUAAAAUCUUUAAGUAUAUCUUUGUAAGAAAUUAAUUAUAUUUGAAAAAGAAAUCUGUUAUAAAAAGUUACUUCUCUUGUUCAUAAUAAUUAGAAAUUGUACAAUGUAUAUACAUAUAUAUAAAAUGUAAGAAUAAUUAGAUAAUAAAACAGUUAAAUUAUUUCUAUUUGAUACUUAGAAAAUUCUUUUUCUCAGACAUGUUUGUUUUAUGUAAGUGGGUUCAGCAUUUUUUCAACUUUUUUAACAAGUCCGUUUUUAGUACAUAAUAUUUUGAACAGGAAAUAGGUAUCUCUUUUCAUUUAUGCCUUAUUUGGUUAUAUGAUUAUAUAACGUUAUACAAAUAAAAAAUCAUCAGUAUGUUACAUCUUUUAUUUUUCCUCUUUAUCCCCAUUACAAAUUUGUAAUUAUUAGUAAAAAAA